UUGUGAUCAGAUGUUUGCCUGGUCAAGUCUUAGUUAAUUUUAUAGUCAUCUUUAUUCUAAAAAUAUCGCAAUGCGGCCAAACGCAAUCGUUAGUUGUUUAUUAUUGUUAUUCCACAAUGUGUGCUGUACCGAGGAUAGUUGGGUGGAGCCCCACGACUGGACGAAAAUAUCGCUAGAAACGACCAAUCGUCCCACUGAGGAUUCAUGCCAAUGCCAGGCGCCAAGUGAGAAAUCCCUUGCAUCCAUACAGGAUCAAUUGGCAUUAAUAUAUUUUAAAAAGUUCGUUAAUUCAGUAUUUAAUCGUAAGAAACUGCAGUAUGGCAAAACCUCUCAGCUUUACAAACGUUCACUGCUGUUUACAUUGCUGCCGUCUGAAGUCGAAGAACUUGAAACCAUACAAGAUGUGCGGGAUCUCGAUAUUUUGCUUAGUAAAUUACUAGAUAAAGCAAAAGAUAUGCCUUUGUUUUCCGGCUCUAACAACAACGACUAUUCCUACGCACACCAAGAAAUGGGAGUGCGUGCGCUUAUUAAGGAGAUGCUCAAGGAUUUUGUACAAUUGCUCAGAGUAUCCGAGGUAAAAUUCAUGCUGAUGGUGCUGCUGGCUGUUGCUAUCGUCUGGUUUGUGAGAAAACGUUAUCGGUUCCCAGUUGUAGUAAUUAUACUAGGUGGUAUAUUCAUUUAUGGCUAUUUCCAUACGUAUUUAGAAUGCAAUAGGAAACUAGAAGUUGAUGCAAUGAUUGAGGUAAUUGAUAAUCAUCAACAGCAUUCGGAUAUUGCUGAUAAAUCCUGGUUUUCACGGAUGUUCAGCUAUUUUUCAAGCGAGUCUCAAGAAGUGCAACAGAAGAAGAAAUUAAUAAAAUCAAGCAAAUUAAAUAUGCCAUUUUGUCGUCCUGAUCACGUUUUCAUCAUAUACACGAGUGAUAUAUUUCUUAAACAAAUUGAGAUGCUGCUAGAGAAGACAACCCACACAAUAUCUAGCCUAAGUACGGGCUUAUCGUUUCCUUAUAACUUAAUUGCUCCAUUUGCACUAGUCUUCAUGAUCGGAUAUAUGUUAAAGCUGACUUUCAAAUAUAUCAUAAGUCCCAAGGUAUGGAUGGGAUUCGUUCAUAGGAGAUCCACUCCACCUGUUGCAGGCACGCAGCAAGCGGUGCUGGCCGAUGAGGCAGCAGGAGAUCGCUUGACGGGUGAAAACCUUAGAAUGCUGCUUAAUGUCGUGCACAGUUCGACCUUGGUCCAAUCCCAAUCCCAACAGCAGCCACAAUUGGCUGUGUCUGGUGUUCAAGAUGUGCUUGAGCCACUGGAAGCUCGGCCAGCAUCACCAACGAAUAGCUCACAAAAUUCAAAAGACAAUUCAAUCGAAAAACCGAAUUCAAGUAAUAUUUCAAAUGAACAGCUCGACGUCAGCAGUUUUUCAGCAGAUAUUGCACAGGAGGCUGGAUUUACAGUCGUGGAUGACGAUGAAGAUGUGGAUCAUAUUGUCACUUCUUAGCGUUUUACUGCAAGUUCUAAGCCCUACUUAGUAUGUUGUUCGUGAUCAUAUUUGUAGUUAAACAUAUUUUAUCAGUUAAUUGGCAUAAGAUUUUACACUAUCAAACAAUUCAGUUACCAGUUGAUAUUUUUGUCAUAGUUAAAUUAUUCUUUAUUUAAAUUAUUUUUGCGUGUACUUAUUUCAUUUUUGCACGAUAAUUAUUAUAAGUUAAAUCUUCAACAAUAAGAUUUCAUUAAGUGUCAUUAAUAGGCCUCCCAAAUCAUUCUAUUACAUGUUUAUAUUAUUCUACCGGCCACUUCCAAUUUGUAUAUACCAAUAAUGCCGUGUUGCUUAAUUUGUUUGUUCAUAUAUUUACAACAUAUUAUUAGCAUUGAGUGUGUCUCUUUGUUUUUAUGAGUUGCAUAUUUGAAAUGUAAGCAAUAAUCAAAUAUUCAUCAUGAAUAAACUAGUUUAAUAUACAACUAAUAUGUUGUGUGUAUAAUAAGUUAAUAUAUGUAUAUUGAUAAAAAAAAAUUAAAAAUAAUUCGGUGUAAAUAUAUUCAUUCGUUGUAUUUUAAAUUAUACUUUUGAAUUACAUACAUGUACAAACAUACAUAAUUAUGUUUGCUGUAUUACAUUAUAAAUUACAUUUUUCCUUAAAAUUAUUAUGCAACUAAUUAUUCAUUUGAUGUAUUCUAUGUCUAUUGUUCUGUAUUGUACUCCAAUACGCGGCACGUACAUUUAAGCCAUAACCAGUUUCGCUGCCAAGAGCCUAACAAACCUAACUAAAA